UCCGCCGAACAGAACUCCUCCGACGUCCUCGGUGGACUUCGGUCGAACUGGCCGCUGUCUGUAAACGGGACGCGGCUACAGAACUAAACAUAGAAAAGCUCGUGCGCUACAUAAAGCAGAUUGGCACCUCUCGGCUUCCAGCGUCCUCCUCAGCUCUGAACAUGAAGCUGACGGGAUUCAGCCUCGUCUGUUGUUUUGUGCCGCUUUUCAGCAGCGUCGCCCCCCCCGUGUCAGGUAGGCCUCUGCACACCGGCUCACCUGUGCGAGUGUCUGCAGUUCUCGGCAAAGAUGUCCUUCUGCCGUGCCAUCUCACCACGCCUGUCGACGCACCGCGUGUCGUGGCGGUGGAGUGGUCGCGGGUAGACGGUCCGUCCCCACUGACGGUUCAUGUUGUCCGUGAUGGCGAAGAGCUCGUGAAGGAGAAAGCGCCAGAGUACCUCAGGAGGACGGCCAUAAUGGAAGAUGGUUCCUUGAAGUUGCUCGGUGUCCAACAGCGGGACAGCGGCACCUACAGGUGUGUCCUUCUGAGAGGACCUCCAGUGGAAGACCAAGUGCUUGUGUCUCUCAUUGUUGUUCAGGUGUCUGAAGUGAACAUGUUCGUCCGGCGGACUGCAGCCAACGAGCUCUUUGUACACUGCGAGUCCAGCGGCUGGAGCCCGAAGCCGGCGGUUUCUCUGCUGGACUCCGGGAGAAGCGUCCUGGCUGCUCAGGUGGAGUCUUCAGUCCGACCUGACGGCCUCUUCUCUGUCUGGGCGCUCGUCAGUGUGGCGGCAGCUAAAGGAAAUGGGACGUUGAUCUGUAGAGUGGAAAUACCUGAAACGAGCCUGGCCAGCGAGGACACGGUUUCUGUCAUUGAUGAGUUCGAUUCCCCGCAGGCAGGACUUGGUCGUGAUUUCACGUUGGUCAUCGCCAUCGUGCUGAUUUGUGUCUUCGCCGCCGUCUCUGCCGCUGCUUUAGUGCGGAGGAUCGUGAAACAGCGAGCUCUGACAGAUACACCACUACUUGGAGGUAAUCAGACAUACACAGAGUACGGAGACAUCAGCUUGGUGGAAACGAAGGGAGCCUCUGAGGACACGGCGAGAGCAAACAGUCUGGCCAGCAGAGAGACUGAAGCCUCCUGCGAGCUGGCAGAGAGAGACCUGGACAACAUGUUGAAGUACAAAGACAUAAUCAAGAGCGUGGCGGACAAACUGAGCAUCCCCCCCGGCCUGAUCGCUGCCAUCAUCUCCAGACAGUCUCAGGCUGGAACCAAGCUGACCGCCAGUGGCUUCGGCGAGAAUGACCAAAACUGCUUCGGUCUCAUGCAGAUCAAUAAGCAUUAUCACGCCGUGAAAGGAAAUCCAUUCAGCGAGGAGCAUUUGGACCAAGGAGUCACCUUCCUCGUCCAGCUCAUCAAGACCAUGAAAAGAACGAAGCCGGACUGGAACAAAGAGCAGCAGCUGAAAGGUGCGCUGGCUUGUUACAUCGCAGGUGAGGACAGAGUCAUCCCUUUGACGUACGAGGAGGUGGACAGCGUGACGCCGAACGCUGACUUUGCCAACGACGUGGUCGCCCGAGCGAAGUGGUUCGCCAGCAACGGCUUCUGAACGUCACGUCAUUUCCGUCUUCGCCUGUUCCUGCUUCGUUUUUGUGCCUCAGGAUGUUCACUCCAGGAUGAACUGAUUAUAGAUUCAGAGGUCAAAGGUCGCUGUGGGCGAUUUUACCCCACUGACUGAGGCAAGACGACGACACGUGUUCUCUGGAACAUGAGAGCAGGAGGGGGGUGAGUAUGUGAAGGAUUCUGAAACCAUGUGAUCAGCACAUGUCCACAACAUGGCCGGAUGAUGAUGUCAGUGCGUUCAUACCUCAUGGCUGCUCGUCAGCUGGUACAUGUCGCUCACUUUGGAGAGCCGGCAAAUCAGCCGACGAGAAGAAAACUAUAAAAACUGUGGAAAACAUUUCGAGAACGCCACCUGCGACUGAACUUUCCUGACUUCGGUUUCUACUCAGGUGCUACAGUAACAAUCUCUUUUCAGUUUCAACCAUCAGUGUUUCUUUGAGUGUUUUUUGUCCACGACUGCCCAUGAAACACACCCGGCAUGAAUAACUUUCUUGCACAAAUUAUUGUGUGAAGUUUAGCAUCUUGUCAGCACAAGAUAAUAGUUGCGCUGAGUGUAGCUGCUCACACUCUUUUGCAUUCUUUCACUGAUAUUGCAGACGCGUCCAAAUAAAUGUGGCAUGGAUAUCAAUGCAACAGUCUCCAUGUGAGUCACCCUCCUCCUCCGUCACGCUCCGCCCAGGCUCCGCCCCUCGCCUAAAGCAAACGAAGUAUUUCCCGGAAGUGAGAGCACGUCCAGCAGGACAAACAUGCUUCGUGCGUGAGAGGUGGACUCGCUGGGAAACUCGGACUCUGCGGACGCUGUCCGGAGUUCAUACGAGACAGUGGCUUUAGCAUCUCUGCUGUAUAUUGAGGGCUCAGUGUAGCUCUAUGCAGGAAAAACCAAAUCACACAGAAAUGAUUAUUCUGAGUAUUUUAUAGACGUCGGAGCUCUUAAAACUUUUUACCACAGAAACAUCAAGCUAACUAACAGCUGCUGCUGCAGAUCGUUGACGCUGGAGGCAACUGGUCAGGUCGCAUGACUUCAGAAAUGCAGACGAUUCAAUCUUUGAGAAAUGCAUCGUGGGUUGUGUGAACCGAUCAGACGCGUAUUUACCACAGCACCAACAGCAGCUGCAAGAUAAAAAAAUGCUCGGCCAGUAUAUUACAGUCGAGCAGUUGUUGGUGCUGACAGACGGGAAGGAUGCGGCAGGUUUGUAAUUUAUCUGACUGAACUCUGUUUCCAUUCACUCUUCGCAGCCGAAUCACAUCUGGAUUAAGUUGGUGCUAAUGUUGACGCGCGAUCGUUCAUCAAAAAUGCGUCUUCAAAAUUAGACUUUGAGCUGGGGAGCUGUAAAUAUGUCGGGGAGUCAUGGAAGAGUGAGGAGCAGCCAACUCCUCUGCAGCACGACCCGUUUCUUUACUGUGUCCUGUUGUGUGGCGUGGCUCGUGUGCAGGAUGAACACAUGGAGGUUGGAAUUAAUAUUAUUGACUGAAAAAUAACCCCAGUUUGUUUGGCUGCACUAUAAACACAUAAAUGAGCUGCUUUAAUGUUUAAUUCAACCACUGCAGGUGCCACCGAACCAACCGGUAGGAAAAUAACGAUUAUAAUGUCAAAGUGAAAUGUCAGGAGCUGACCACCAGAGGGCGACGAUGCAGGGAAAAGCCUGUUCUCAACUGUAGGAAAUGUUCAUUACACGAAUCCUCUAUCUGUAAAACAAUUUAAUUCUAAACAGACUGAAGCUGAUCUGAUGCAACGUUCAUGUACAGAAAUUAAACCACUUCCAUGAUUUCUGAUACAAAUACAGAAAAUACCCUCAGUACAGUGAAAUGAUUUAAAAUCCAUUCAGCAGGCAAGAGUCCAAUGAAACGUGCAAAAAUGAUACAAAAACUGUAAUUGGGAUGAAUAAAACAAUAAGAAAUAUUAUAAAUGAAAACAAUAAAAAAUGUAAAAAAAAAUGUUCAUAUGAAAAACCUGAAAAUGAGGAAUAAAACGAAAGCAGACAGCUCCUGAGCCGCACGAUUACAAAUGUCAUUAAAUCUAACAUAAGAAGUUCAAUCUGUCCUAAAUAAGACAUUUCUUCUCAUUUUAAGUAACAAAACCUCACGUGUGAAAGUUUCCAUCACCACGAAAAUGAAAUACUGCAGAAUGAUCCAGAAGAGGAAGAAAACAAAGAAUCAUCGAAGGAACUUUGAAGAAUGAAACUUCUUUGACUGCGACAGUUUACAGCCCUCGUAGGGAACCCUGCGAGUGACCGCAGCCGCCAGCAUUCCUUAUUUUCAGUCGACGACCGGCUUCACGAAGCGCCCGAUCGCAGCCGGGGGGGACUCGGUGGUCAACAGACGCAGGAAGUUCAGACGAACUGUUUGGGCUCCUGUGUGGGAGUGGGCGUGGUCUGUGGUGGGAGGGGCUUGUGCUUCUCUGACAACUCUCCCUGGUCGCCAUGCAGAUGAGCGGGUGCCUCAGCUGCAAUUAAAUAAAAGAGAAGAAACAGGCAGUGUGAGCUCAUUCUGAGAACACCUACGCUACCUGAACGUUAUGAAGAUGGGUGAGGGAGAACCCCGACGCCCUGACGGGACGCUCGCAGCCGGUGGACUCCUGGGAGGAGCGGAGGACCGUGUGUCUGUCGUCCUUUCCGUUGAGGAUGUUGUAGACACAUAAUUGGAUUUAUGAUUUCAGGCUUUCUGCUGAUUGGCUUCGGCAGCUUCCUGAUCUACUGCAUAAAAAGGAAGACGCUGGCGGAAACUGGCAAGCUGCUCGCCUUGACCGAGGGAACGUGCAGCGCUGCCGGCGCUCAGACUCGAGCCGUUUGUGAGCUCAAUCGCAAACUGGAUGAUUUCCUGAGCUCCUUCGCCAGACGGGCACCAGCUUGGAGAAACUGUCGGUUCGGCUCAAUCUGGCCACUAAUUUGGACAUUUUGGAGCAAGCGUGAGACCAGAGAGACUCGAGUGGACAGAAACAUUCCUGUCCUAAAAUAAUCUGUUAUCUCCAUUGGCUCCUUCUCAGGGACACUUAUCUCUCCUCCUGUCCCUGUCCUCCCAUGUCAAUUAUUUGUACUGUCUUUGUGCCUUUGUGUCCUCUGGGACGGGUUGUAACCGAAUGAAUUUCUCCACUGUGAGAUUAAUAAAGUU